AUGAAGAAAGACUUUUCAAAACACUUGAAGUAUCUUUAUAUUACGGCACUCAAUAUGAUUGGAAUUCCAUCAUUACAUAGAAGAAAAACCAAGAAAAUGAAAAUGAUAUCCAACAAAUACCAGGUAAGACUGUCCCGAGAAAUAAAGAGGACAUUAUGUUCUACUUGUCUCUCGAUUCUUGUUCCAGGAUUCAAUUGCACAUCAAGAAUAGUGAGGAAAGAGAACGGUCUAUGUCUUAAAACUGUAUGUGGAUGUGGAAGUGAGAAAAUCUUUGUGGCCCAAGGAAGAUAA